AUGACGGCUUCUGAGACAAUGGAAGGAGGUACACCAGGUUUGCUGGGAGGUUGUGAGGGUGGUCAGUUAACGAGUGAUCCAACAAAAACGAUUCGAAAACGAAGGCGUUGUACGGGUGAAAAGCGACAGCCACACUACUGUCAAAUUGACGUGAAAUGUUUGAGAGGAUCCAUCAUGAUCAAUAGUCAAUCGAGCUCAACUCAUGUUAGUAUGGUAUGUCAGAAGAAUGGUAAAUGGCAGCAAAAAUAUUCAACUUUCGUAAUGGAUAAUAUCGAUGAUUUGGUUUGCACUGAGGGUAACACUUACAAUUUAAUCGUAUCAGCAUUCAUCAUCUUAAUGUUUUGUCUACAGUGCUUCGUUUCGAUAAAAUUAGAACUAUUCCACAUAAUACAGUGA